CUGGCUAAUUGGAACAGCAUGCUGUACUGCCUCCGCUUGUGCAGAUAGGAGCCGUCUUAGCUCGAACGCCGUCGUCUUUGUCGGGGUAGUCUUGAGCAUUUUGGAUAACUUCCCUGUACCCGACAGCUGUCUCACUUACCUGGCCCCCUCUACGAUACCUGCCAUCUUUCUUACCUGGGACGGAUAUAAGCUUCCCCAGCGCCCGUUCCGUCACUCUAUUUCCACCUUGUCAAAUAUAGCCUUGACAACUCGCAGCCCUGAUCAUACUUAUCACCUGGGCCUCUUUCAGGUCUCCACGAAGCCAGCCGCAACCAUGGUCUUGAGCGGUCAGCAGCCACGGCCGCAUUGGCAGAACGACAGGUCUGCUCCUGAACAUUCUCCAAAUGACGAUCGUUACUACGAACUAGGAACCAUCAGGCCUCCUCCUCUUACUAUCGACCGAGCCCUUCGAGAGCAAUGCCAGAUCAAUGCUCAGUAUUACUUUCUUGCUGCGCGUCUUGACGAUGGCAGUCACCAAUACUUUUCAGGUCCCAGACGCCUGGAGACAUCUGAGAUUCGCAAGAUUUUCGACAUGGAUAGGUUCUUGCAUCACCAAAGACGAGGCCCAGCAGCGAGCUCUUUUCAGGACGACCCGGGAUUCCCAUACGAAGAUGUCUAUCACCGCGAAUCCAGUGGGCCAGACUAUGCCGGCCGUCGGAGUUACGACCGCCGUCGUGUUCAGACGAUAGACCCUUUCGAUGAUGAAGGCGGGCGGCGGACGACCCGGAAACGACCAAGGGCGCAAGUGUACGAACGCGAUCUCGAUGACGAUGAGCCACCUGUGAUGGUAUCGUCAAAGAAGGGCAUCAAGAUUGGCAACUCUGAGGAAGUGUGGAGUUUCUACGACCAACGCUUCAGGAAUUGCCAGCAAACAGCUUGCAAGCUUAUUGCCAAGAUCUUCGUCAAGACGAUCGCACCCAAGAAGCAGUCCAACAACCCCUACACUCAAAGCGACGAAAGAGCUCCAGAUUGGUGGCCGAAGCCUUGGGGCACAACCAAGGACGAGAAGGUUCGGCAUAAGGAGCCGGACCAUCUGUGGAAGAAAGAGCGGCUCUAUCUCCUAAACCACAUUCUACGCAUGGUCGUCGAGCCCAAUGCCAAACAGCACAAGGAUAUUCAGAAGCUGGACAUUAACGUCGCCAAAUUAGAGGAUGUGACAAUGGAUGCGCUGUCUACCUGGUUUGCCGACAAGGAGAAACCCGGCAAUGCCAAGAAAAAGCCUUAUUUGAAGGAGAUAUUUAAAGUUGCCAAGGUCGAGGAGCAGUACAAGAACGGCGAGAUAGAUGGAAAUACCGAAGUCUUUGUCAUGGCAGAUGAUAAAAUACCAGACAACUACCAGUCGGACGACGAUAUUGCCCAGUCUAAGGAUGAGGAGGAGAAGGCCCACUCUGUCACGUCUUCCCGGGUGUCGCCCCCCAAGACGGCUGCACCUCACAGCAUGAUGCCGGCCCCAGGAAACGACCACAGUCCAGCGACCAAUGUUCGGGCUUCUUCCUUCAUGAGCGAUAUACCCGUCCGGGGUAUCCAGUAUCCGCCACCAGUAAUGCCAUCAGACUUGGGCUCGGAACAGCACUCGUACGUUGAGAGUGGGAGCAUGACGGUUGGGGGGCAGGCGCCGCUUCACACACACGGCACGAUACAGAUGCAGGACAUGAUACCAAGCGCGCAUGAUUCGAGCCGCCGGCAGCCCUUGUAUAACUCGCCAGCAGAGCUGCCCGGGCCCUCCGGUGCUGGGCUUUACUCUAGCCAUUGGCAACAAGCCACGACAGCUCCAGGAAACGCGCCAUUAUAUGCCUUUACUCCACAUCAGCAAGCACCGCAGCCGCCAUCGGGGGCCUUUGUCCCGCAACAAGCCGUUCCGAUCAACCAGAGCCACCAAUACUCUUUCAGUGAGUUACCUCACACCACCAACAUGUUUCGAAGCAGUAGUAUUGGCCAACCCCCCGUUCCUCAGGGACAGAGCUACCCAAAUUAUCUACCUCACCUACCGCACGACGGACGAGCAGUGCCAAGCAGCGGUCUGAAGAUGGCACCCCUGAACCGGGGCCCGCUCCAGUAACGAGGAUGAUGUCGCUGGUUUCAAGCCGGUACGCAAAUUGCUCUUUACCCAACUAAACUGGAGGGGUUACACUCGAUAAAAACAUGCCGCCUGCGCCUCGUGGGUGAAAACAGCAGUGUCGGGUGGCCGACAGAGUGAGAGGGGUUCACUUUAGAUCAACAUGUAUCUCAUAAAUCGGGGAACACAAUUCCG